AUGAGUAGAGAUAGAAUAGUCGGAAAAUCUGGGGAAAACAUGAAUAAUCGUUAUGAACGUACACGCUCUCUAACCUCUAAAACUAGAAGAUAUGGUUACCAAGUCACAGAAAUAUGGGACUGCGACUUCAGACGUUUAAAAAAAGAGGACAAAGAAUUGACUCAAUUUUUAAAACAUCAUCCCGUCCUAAAACUAGAAAAAAUGUUAAACCCUCGUGAUUCUUUUUACGGUGGUCGUACGGGAAACACUAAAUGUUAUUAUGAGGUGAAAGACGGGGAGAUAAUUGAAUAUAAAGACGUUUGCUCUUUGUAUCCUUUUAUCUCUAAGAUAGGCGUGUUUCCUAUAGGACAUCCAACAUUAUACGAUGGUUAUGAGGAGGGUAAAUUCUUCACAAAACCAAAUUAUGAUCUUAGCAAAGUCGAGGGUGAAUGUUUGCAUAAAGAUGAAUCACAGCGUGUAUUUGAAGGUACCUGGGUUUCCCUUAAAUUAAAAAGAGCCAUAGAACUAGGUUACAAGUUCAUAGAGAUUUCAGAAAUCUGGCAAUACAUGAUCGUUCAAUAUGAUCCAUCCACUCACAAGGGUGGUCUUUUCGCAGCAUAUAUGAAUAUGUUCUUGAAAAUUAAACAAGAAACGACUGGGUGGCCAUCAUAUUGCAUCGAUGAAGCUUCAAAAGUGGAAUACCUACGACAAUACGAACAGGCGGAAGGGAUAAAACUCGAUCGCGAUAAAAUUAAUAAAAAUCCUGGUUUGCGCUCCGUGGCAAAAUUAUGCCUUAACUCUUUCUGGGACAAGUUUGUUCAGCGUAAUAAUUUACCUCAAACAGAUAUUGUAAGAACAAAGGAAAAAUUAUUACGGAUGCUACUCAAACCAGAAAUCAAGGUAAGAAAUAUCGUACCUGCAAACAAAAAGAUGUUGUAUCUUUGUUGGGCAUACAGAGAAGAAGCAGUCACACCUCUGCCUGAUACAAAUGUCGUCAUCGCAGCGUAUACGACAGUACAAGCCCGUUUAAAAUUGUAUGAUUGCUUGUCGCAACUAGAUCGACGAGUCUUGUAUUAUGACACGGAUUCUUGUGUAUACAUCACUCGCGGAACUUCGGGGGAAUACAUUCCACCUAUAGGCUCUCUCUUGGGUGAUUUAACCGAUGAGCUCGAAAAAUAUCACGGCAAUGACCGUAAGGAACCGAUUGAAAUCAAGUCUCAAUCGAUUCGAACCACUCACUUUCAUCACGUUGUCACUCGUGAUGAAAAGAAGAUAUGCAGAAUUGUUGAUAUAAAGAGGCGUAUGGUAGACAAUUACGAUUCUCUACCCUACGGUUAUAAAACAACAGAUAAUUCAGAUAACAGCACAACAGUUAACGAAGUAGGAUUAUCACCUGAGCGACUCUGUAACGAAAGAAGAUCUCUCGCUAGGACUUACCCAUACUGUAGGCAUGUUGCUUAUUCAGAUGGCUCAGUCUCCCCACCUCGUAUCGACAGUCCGCGACCACAUGCAUCAAUAGCUUUAGAACCCUCAACAUCGUUUACAACUCCCUUCCUAUCAGAAAUCCCACGUCGUAGCUUCCCAUACCCAUUGAUACCCGCAUUCCAACAAAAUAGAUCCCCUCCUCCAUCCUGUGCAUCCCUUUAA